GGACCAGAGAUUUGCAGCUCGUUCUUGCUUUACAGAGUGCUUGUUCAUGUACCGCUUUCUUCGCCCGCUUCGAUGGUUGCAGAAUCAACUCCAUGGUUUGUCUCUGCCACUGACGUGUCGUCGUCUAGCUGUACAACGUGAGGCUGAGGUGUACGGGUCGACUAGCGAAAACUGGCAGAAGAUUCGCGGUCUAGAAAUGAUGAGUUUGUUAGACUUGAGGAACGGACAGCGCGUGCUGGAUCUGGGCUGCGGAACUGGCGAACUGACCGUAGAGUUGGCCAGGAGAGUGGGUCACAGGGGGCGUGUCAUCGGUCUUGAUCUAAACAAAGGCAGAAUUGAAGUGGCGCAGAGAAAAUUCGGAGACUGUGGCAACAUAGACUUUGUGGCUGGAACUAACGAUGCAGUAGAAAAAUACCAACUGUUAGAUCGCAUAUUUUGUAGCUUUGUGAUCUACUGGAUCGAAGAUCAGAGAAAGUGUUUUCAGCAGUUGUUCGAAGCACUCCGACCUGGAGGAUUGUUUGGAAUUAUAGGAGUUACGGCGUCGCCACUAUUCUUUCACAAAUUGACUAAGAUUAUGGCUGGUGCCAGUGCCGAACUCAAUGAACUGAUGGGCUGGCACUUUCGGACAGAAGAAGGAUGGAUUGGUCUUGCUAACGAGACAGGCUUCAGGGUGUUAAGCAGUGACCAGUAUGUUGCCUACAACAUUCAUCCUUCUGUUGAACAUCUGCUGCUGUGGUGGGAGGCAACAACAUCUGGGAAGUGUUUGGUUGAGAAAGUUGUUGAUGAAGAGCUCGACGACUUGCUUGACGAGUUUGAAUACAGCAGGAAUGGAUGUAUAGAUGUUAGAGAGAAUAUAAUUAGGAUUGUCAUGCAGAAACCGUAGUAUAAAUUUUUGAAGUAAUCAUUGAAACUUAUGUUGUAAUAUUUUGAGUUAUUAUAUAAAGGUACAUGUACUUUAAAUUGCUAAGGAGUUAGAGUGGGUUCUCAUUGUUGUUGUUGUUGUGUUCUUUUUGU